AUGAAUCAAACCGAACAGAUUGUAACUGAAUUUGUCUACUGCCUACUUAUCAGAGGUGGGAAAAUGUCCACACCAGUGUUUUACUAUUUGCCACCCAGUCCGCCCUGUCGCAGUAUUCUACUUUUGGCUAAAAUGCUCGGGCUGGAGUUUGAACUGAAGAUCAUCAACAUAAUGGAGGGUGAGCAACUGAAGCCCGAUUUUGUGGCCAUGAAUCCGCAACACUGUGUGCCCACAAUCAACGAUCAGGGACUGGUCCUAUGGGAAAGUCGCGCCAUUCUCUCAUAUUUGGUUGCUGCUUAUGGAAAAACAGACGAGCUUUAUCCUUCGGAUAUACGGGUGCGUGCACUCGUGGAUCAGCGGCUACACUUCGACCUAGGCACACUCUACAUGCGACUAACCGACUACUAUUAUCCCACAAUGUUCAUUGGUGCCCCACUUGAUGAGGGCAAACGAGCCAAGUUAUCCGAAGCCGUUGGCUGGCUAAAUGCAAUACUGGAGGGUAGAGAAUACGCUGCCGCCGAUCAUUUUACCAUUGCGGAUCUGGCACUGCUCGUUACCGUCUCCCAACUGGAGGCCCUUGACUUUGAACUGAAGCCGUAUAAGCAUGCCAAGCAAUGGCUGGAGCGAUGCAAGGAGCACAUGGCGCCCUACGACUACGAGGAAUUGAAUGGCAGCAAGGCUGUAAUGUUGGCGGACAUGUUCAAGGCCAAGAUGAAUCAAACAGGUGGCUCCUAAUUAUACAUAUCUAUA